UUCAAACGGCUUCGAACAAAGCAUGAGCUAUAUGUUUAAGCUUCGUCUACACCAUUACAACAAAGCAUGAGCUUUAUGUUUAAGUUCUCGUUUACACAAAGCAUGAACUCCAUGGUUUAGUGCUGAUAUAAAGAAAGCCUGAUGGCAUAAAAGAAACAUAAACUUUAUGUUUGAUUGCUGGUGUAAACGAAGGAUGAACUAAUGUUUCAGUGCUUGUGUACAAAAAGCAUGAAUUCCUUGUUUCACUUCUGGUCUAGACCAAGCGUGAACCGUAUGUUUCAGUGCUGGUGCGAACAAAGCAUAAGCUUCAUAUUUCAGUGUUACAGUGAAAACAUGCCGCCGUAAAAACAUAAAAAAUAGCGCAACAAAUAAAAAAAUCAAUGAAAUGCACAUUUUCUGCGUGCGCAAUUGUUGCGAUUCGAUUUUGGGCUUUCCUACAUUUUACACUAUAGAUAACACGUGUUCCAAAAUUGUUUAAACGAAUGUAUUUUGAAUAGUCAUCGUAGAAACUGCAAAAUGAAAUACAUUUUUUUAAAUACAAAAGAGGUUUUUGUAAAGCUAUGAGACCCGUCUGACCUCAUGGUUAUUUUCUACCUCUCACUAAAAACUCCCAAAGCGCCCCUGUCUGAAACGAUCUAGAAUGUGGUUGUAAUGGAACAAUUAUUCAACAAAGGAACGUCUAACCUGUGCCACGGCAAGCCAGGGCGGGUACCAACAAAAGACAAGAGAGCAGUCACAAGACUUGUACCUGUCGAAAGGCCCUCGAUAUUUUAUAAUAGAUGUGUAAACAGAUCUUCCUCAGAGGCUUUCACGCCAUGCACAGUGAAAAACCGAAGAAAGCUAGCGAGAAUUCUACUUUAUUAUGAAGACGCUUCUGGGGAAAGUGUUUAUCAUCUGUGGGCUGAUCGUCGUGUUGACAUUUGUAUACUUCUUUCAAAACUACAAAAGUUUAACGAUAAAUAACGUCAGUACCAGCAUUUUAGACUCAGCCAAUAUCGCGUCACUGUCUUACCUGAUUAUGUUGGACAGAGCAUGCGUAUCGAGCAAUGCCGCUGAACAACUUUACAGACCGCUUUGCAGUAGGUUAAGCGUAUCGCAGCCUCGGGUUGUGUUUCAAACUUCUUGUCAAUAUCUUGAUGUGGAAAUUGUCUGCAAUGUCCACGAGGAAAUAUGCCAAUCAUGGGAAUGGGACGUGGCCAACUACACGCUGAUAUACACUAACCGGCCAGUGAACUCUACUGUUUGUUCAAAACCCAAAUCGAACCACAAACGCGUCAUGAGAAUAAUCCAAACGGAUGGUCAUGUAGAAUACCCCGGGUGCACUAUGGGAAGACGCCAAUGUAACUGGGCGCACUUUGACAACCAUUUGAACAUGCGCAUUAACACGGACCCUUGUUGCCGUAGGAACGGCCUCGAAAUGGCGCAUCACCUAGCAACGCUACUCGAUAAAUACGACAUCCAUUACGUGCUCAUUUCUGGGGCCGUGGUCGGCUGGUACCGAGAGAGAGACUUUGUUCCUUACGAUAACGAUGUUGAUUUUAUAAUUGACGAAAAAGACAAAUUCAAAUUUAAGAAAUUGGUAAGAAGAAUGUUCCCGCACUUCGGUUAUACUCUUGUAAAAAGGUCUGGACUUUACUGGGUUUGCCCUCAUGAUAACUGCUACCAAGUUGUUCAUCCAGAUGUGUGGUACUUCCAUACAUUCUUUGACAGCGAAGACCGCAAAAUGGUCUCAAUAAACUACUACGUAACUUCAGAUGACGUUUGGAAACAGCCUUAUGAGAAUCUGUUUCCAAGGCAGCGAGGUCAACUAGGAAAAUACCAGUUUUGGUUUCCUGCUAAACCGGUUGAGUAUUUAGAUCACGAGUAUGGGAAAGAUGGCUGGCGACUGUCUAUGAAAUGCUCGAAAACCCGAAAUGAAAAGUACUGCGUAGAAUGACGUCAUAGUUUAACUUUUCAUUUAGUCCGUUUGUAUAUCUUAUCUAGGUAAUUUUGUAUUUUUGUAUUACAAUUUUAUCUUAUUAAAAUACAAUAUCUUUC